AUACAUACUUAUAAUUAUUUCAUCAACCAAACAUUAUUGGUUUAAGAUUUAUUUAUAACCACGUCCAAGAUCAUGUCCUCCAAGAAAACAUUCUUCAUCACCAACCCCCUCCAACUUUUCAAGAGAACUUAUACAAUGGUUGCGUCAGAGAGCUUGAAAGGGCAAUUACCCACCAUUGCGAAGUCCUCAUCAUCGGCGUCGAUCGGAAAAAUGGCAGAGGAGCUAGCGAGGUUGAGUGGCGGCGAGGGAGGGGAAAUGGAGAAGGGGCCGAUUUUCUGGAUGAGAGAUCCAAAGAGUGGAAACUGGAUUCCUGAAACUCAUCAUUUUGAUGAAAUAGAUGGUGUUGAUCUUAGGAAUAAGCUUCUUCCCCGCAAGAGACCCCAAUAAAUCUGAUGGAACAAAGGCUUUUGAGCCAUGAUAAAUUAAGAUUUCAAAAUGAAACUCAAUAACUAUAUGUGUUUUCCGAGAUAAAUUAAUUAUCGAGAUGAUACUCGUUAAUUGAAAAUAAUACACAGUUUAGUUCCCGAAUAAUGGUCGUCAAACGGCUUUAAAACUUAUACUAAUUACCCAAAAUUGUCCUUUUUAAUUAUUUUUUUUCAAAUUGACCUAUUUUCGAAAUGAAAACUAAUUGAAUAUGAAAAAAUUCAAAUUUUAUAAAAUGAUAAUAUAAUAAAUAAAAUAUAAAUAUAACUUUAUAAAGGACCAUUUUGGGAAAUUGUAAAUAUAUAUUAAAAUGAAUCAAUUUGAGAAAACACCUAAUUAGAAAUUACUCUUUUGAGAAAUUAGUAGAUGUUUUAACGUCGUUCUGAUGCUGUUGUGAUGACCGCUAGUCAAGGGAUUAAAUUGAGCACUAACAAGUACCAUUGUUAUUGAGUGCCAUUUGGAAAUUUAAUCAUAAACUAAUAUUAUUCUC